UCUGAUCGAGUGGCUUCAAUCCCUGCCCCCAACCAAGACUCGACAUCUGCCGUCGCAUCUGGUCCAAUCGAGACGCUACCUCCGUCUGCUCCUGCGGUGUCCUCACAGCCCGCGGAUAUUCCUGCAAGUAAUCCCCGAGUUACCGACUCAGCAGCCGGCGUCUUGAAACCGAGCUGCAGGGAUCUCAUCCACCAACUCGAUGCUAAAGAUUGUGUUUUCGCUUUCUCCAUGCUUGCAACGUCAAACGGUCUCGUCAGCUUCAGCUGAGAAUCUCUCUCCAAGCAAACCCGCGAUGACGAUCCAGACAGGGCGCGCUCCACUCAAAAUCCCCAUCAUGGGUAAGCCGGCUACGGCUCUGAGCCCACGGGCAGGCUCGCCCGGGCUCAGCAAGAUCGGGCAAAAGAGCGGCGGCCUGUUUUCGAUGGGCGCCUCGAGCCCAGGACCAUCCAAACUCGGCUUCUUUGCCAAGGGUAGCAGCGCCAAAACACCGACAGUCAAGAGCAAGGUCGUCUUUGAUGAUGGUGACGAGGUCGGCGAGGUCCAACACAAGAAAAAAGCAAGCAACAUAGACCUGAUGAUGGUGGAUGACUUUGCCGAUACCCCGAUACACCCUGCCGAGCCCGAUGUGUCUGUCUUUGCCGAUAUGGACGACGCGCCUGCUCCCGAGCGCCCCAGUGCCGCCUCUAUGCAGGUUGAUGAGGUCGACCCCCUCGAUGCGUACAUGGUCGAUGUCGAGUCCGAAGCCCGCAAGAUGCUCGAGGAGGACCGCGAGGCCCGCAAGAACAAGUCUUGGAAGAAGGGCGAGCUGCAGGAGGACGUCGAGGCUGGAGCCGAUGUCACGGAUGUCCGCCGCAUCGAGGACAACGACGAGGAGGAUAUCGGGAGCGACCCCGAAGACAUCAUCGCAGCCGCUGCCAAGAGGCUGGCGGCCAAAAAGAAGGACCUGGCGCCUGUCAACCACUCGACGAUGAACUACGAGUCCUUCCGGCGCAACUUCUUCAUCGAGCCGCCCGAGAUGGCGGACAUGACCCCGGCCGAGGUGGACAUGAAGCGACUGGAACUCGACGGCAUCAAGAUCCGCGGCGUCAACUGUCCCAAGCCCAUCGAAAAAUGGACACAGUUUGGGCUGCCCCAUGGCGUGUACGAAGUGAUCCGCAAGGUGCUCAAGUACGACAAGCCCAGCUCGAUCCAGGCCCAGUCGAUCCCGGCGAUCAUGAGCGGUCGCGAUGUCAUCGGCAUUGCUAAGACCGGUUCGGGCAAGACGAUUGCCUUCCUGCUUCCCAUGUUCCGUCACAUUGCCGACCAGCGUCCACUCGAGGCCAUGGAGGGCCCGAUCGCGCUGAUCAUGACGCCGACACGCGAGCUGGCCGUCCAAAUCCACAAAGAAUGCAAGCACUUUGCAAAGGCCCUGAAUCUGCGAGCGGUCUGUGCCUACGGUGGAUCGCCGAUCAAGGACCAGAUCGCCGACCUCAAGCGAGGCGCCGAGAUCAUCAUCUGCACGCCUGGACGCAUGAUCGAUCUGCUCUGUGCCAACAGCGGCCGAGUCACCAACCUCAAGCGCGUCACGUAUCUGGUCCUCGACGAAGCCGACCGCAUGUUUGACAUGGGCUUCGAGCCGCAGGUCAUGCGGAUCGUCAACAACAUCCGUCCGAGCCGCCAGACGGUGCUGUUUUCGGCAACGUUUCCGCGCCAGAUGGAGGCGCUGGCCCGCAAGAUCCUCCAGAAGCCUCUGGAGAUCACCGUCGGCGGACGCAGUGUGGUCUGCGCGGACGUGACGCAGCACGUCGAGAUCCGCGACGACGACGCCAAGUUUGUGCGCCUGCUUGAGAUCCUGGGGCUCUCGAUGGCACAGGACCCCGACGGCAAGGUCCUGAUCUUUGUGGAUCGGCAAGAGGCGGCCGACAACCUGCUGCGAGACCUUUUCCGCCGCGGAUAUCCGUGCCAGUCCCUGCACGGCGGCAAAGACCAGGCCGACCGAGACUCGACCAUUGUCGACUUCAAGACCGGCGAUACCAACGUUCUGAUUGCGACCUCGGUGGCAGCGCGCGGCCUGGACGUCAAGCAGCUCAAGGUCGUCGUGAACUACGACUGCCCGAACCACAUGGAGGACUAUGUGCACCGUGUGGGCCGCACGGGACGAGCGGGCAACAAGGGCACGUCCUACACCUUCAUCACGCGGGAACAGGACCGAUAUGCGGUCGACAUUGUCAAGGCUCUCAAGAUGAGCAACGCGCCUGUGCCGGACGACGUCCAGACGCUCGCGAACGAGUUUAUGGAGAAGGUCAAGAGCGGCAACGCCAAGUACACGGGAAGCGGGUUCGGAGGCAAGGGCCUCGAGAAACUCGACAAGGAGCGAGAUAUCGUCAAGAAAAUCCAGAAAAAGUCGCACGGCGGCGUGUAUGCCGAAGACGAGGAGGAGGAAGAGGACGGACACGAGAUUACGCUGCAGGUCAAGGCUGUGCAGGUCAACGGCGUCAAGGUCGCGGGUGAUGGUGCGGCGGCCGAGACGCAGCCCAGCGCUGCAGGCGCUGCCGGGAGCGCGACUGCCUCGGGGGCGAGCACUGCUGUCGGUGCUGGUGCAGCGGCUGCGACGGCCACUGCUGGGGGAGCGACAGCAGCGCCCGUGUCGGCAGCGGCGCUGGCGGCUCUGAAGGCGGCCCAGAAGGCAGCCGAGAUCAUCAACGCCCAGGUCGGCGCUUCCGGACGCAAGGCGCGGGAUGUGAUCGCCGAAAUCAACUCCAAGUUUGGCAAGGAUACGCUCGGGCAUAGUGCUGUCGGGUCUGGCGACGACGGCGUGCGACGCACCGGUGCUGAGGCCUCGGCAGCUCCGUUCUCAUGCGAAAUCGAGAUCAACGACUACCCUCAACGGGCGCGCUGGAAGGUCACCAACAAGGAGCAGAUCACUCUCAUCGGAGAAAUCAGUGGUGCGGCGAUUACGACCCGUGGCCAGUUCUUUGAGGCUGGGAAGCAGCCUGGGCCCAACGAACGCAAGCUGUAUCUGGUAUGUAUCUCGGGCAGCGGUGCGAGGAAUGGAGUAAUGAACCGCGGCAUGGCCGGCGCCGGGGUGCUUGUGUAUACGCCAGAUUAUGCAGCACAGCGAGUGUCUGUACUCGUCGGUUGGAGUGCCUGUUGGAUGCCUGUUGGAGUGCCUGUUGGAUUGCUGGGAUGAGGCAGAGCAUGAAGAUUGGCUUGGCAUGAGU